AUGAGCACGCAUCCUGCUGUUGUGACCGUUGGUCCAGGCCUCCCUUUAGAGGUGCAUCAAAUUCCCACUCCGGCACCAACGGCAAACCAGAUCCGCGUUCGGUGUGAAUGGACCGCUUCGACGCCGCUCGACUUACACCAAGCCGAUGGCGGCCUACUCGUUACACAUCCACAGAUCCUAGGCGACGGCAUCGCCGGCACUGUUGUGGAGAUCGGACCAGACGUCAGCAAAUAUAAAGUUGGCGACAAAGUCUUUGGCUUCGCGUGGCGUGGCCCGGCCGAAAAAGCACACCAAGAAUAUGUAGUUGCGCCCGAGUUCCUUUUCGGCAAGAUCCCUCACCAUGUCACUAUGCAACAGGCGGUUACGGUGCCAAACAAUUUCGUCACGGCAUGGCACACUUUUACAAAAGAUUUUGGCUUCGAGUUACCCUGGCCGAAGCCAGAAAGGUAUAUACCAGGGGAGAGGGGUGGAUGGAUAUUGAUUUGGGGCGGAAGUUCUAGCGUUGGGCAGUACGCAUUGCAAAUCUUGAAGUGGUAUGGGUAUACCAACAUCAUCGCCACUGCCAGCAAGACACAUCAUGAAAAAUUGUAUGGCUACGGCGCGACAAAGUGUUUCGACUACCGAGACCCGGGCGUUGAAAAGGCGAUUGUUGACUUCACCGACCCGAACGGGGGAAUUCAUUUUGUCCUCGACUGUAUAGGUAGCCUCAAUGGCAGCGUGGUGCCGAUAUCCCGAAUUGUCAGGCCUCAAUCCAGCACAAAAGUCGCCAUCCUCCUUCCAAUCAUCGUCAAAGACGCCGCGGAAGGAGUAAAACCCAUUUAUGAAAUGGACGUCGAGAAAGCGACCCAGUGGCCAGAAGGUGUCCAUGUGGUAGGUGUCCGAACGCACUUUUACUUGGACAACCAAUUCCUCGCGGAACAUUUGCAAAGCGACAUCAUGCCCGAGUGUCUUGCCCAAGGCAUGAUCGAGCCCAAUGAGCAGGUGAUUGUCGAGGGGGAAACGAUGCUACAGAGGGCGGAGAAAGCGUUGAAAGUGCUCCGCGAGAAGAAGGUCAGUGGUGCGAGAUUGGUAUGGCGAGUCUCGGAUGAGGUGUGA